AUGAGAAACAAAGGUAAAGUUCACCCUUCUCCCUCAUCUUCCUCUUCCUCUGAUGAACCUCUCUCCGUUCUCAACCUCUUACCGGCUGCUAUUCUCACUCUCACCUGUGUCCUCUCUCUCGAGGACCGCCAAGUCUUGGCUUACAUGAUAACAAGGUCCAUGAAAGCCACCACAAACCCACCCCAAGAGAACCCCAAAAGGUCAGUGGCUCACAAGCCCCCUCUCUUCCACUGUGACUGCUUCGACUGCUAUACCAGCUUCUGGUUCCGCUGGGACUCCUCCCCCAACCGCGAGCUCAUUCAUCAAGCCAUUGAAGCCUUCGAGGAGCAUUUGAACAGCGGCGAGUACCCCAAGAAGAACAGACACAGGAAGAAAGAGAAAAUGGGCCGCCGCGGGAUGGAGAGCCCUCCGCCGGAGACGCCGCCUAUGGUUGAAGAAAACAAAGAACCACCCGCCCCGGAACCUGGGAAAUGUGAGGGAGUAUUGCCGGCGGAAGACGAUGAUGUUGCAGCUCCGCCGUCGGCGACGGCGGGUCGUGUAGCGGCGGCGAAUAGCCACAAGGGCUUCGCCAGAAAGGUGCUGCCGGACGUUUUAGGGGUAUUCAAUUCCCGUUUAUGGAGCCUUUGGAGUCCGAAUCUGUAA